AUGGAGUAUAAAAUUGACAUAGAACAGGACCGUUACAACCGAAACAGGGAUCGACUAGGUCCCCAUUACAAAAAGGAUGAAUUUGUGACAACUCAUGGUACGCAUUUUAGUGAUUACUUCAAACUUAGUUCCAACGGUGAUUCACAGAAAUAUGGUCAUAUUGAUUCCAUGACAAAGAAAACCAACAAUUGUUCCAAUUUGUACCAAUUAUUUAUUGGCAAUUUAACUUGGUGGACAACAGAUCAAGAUAUAAUGGGAUCUAUGAUCGACGUUGGAGUGCAUGAUUUCGUUGAUAUUAAAUUUUUUGAAAAUCGAGGAAAUGGCCAGUCAAAAGGUUUUUGUACUGUUACAUUAGAAUCAGAGAAAAGUGUAAAACAGACUUUAAAGAAAUUACCAAAUGAACUAAUCCAUGGACGAAAACCUGUUGUUACAUUUCCAUCUUCAAGUGCAUAUUUUAUGUUUGAAUCAGAAUUUGAAACUCAGUUCAAUAAAUUUUCUAAGGAGGAUAUGUCUAGAAAUCCUGGCGAUAAUUCAUUAGAAAACCCAUCACAAAGUGUGUUUUAUCAUACAAGAAUGCCACUGAUGUCUACAGAUGCCAGCUAUAUACGAACCCCCCACCAGUAUCCACAAGCCACAGGUUAUGAAAACGAAUGGAUCAGAUCAUAUCAACAAAAUAUGGGUACACAUUUUGUCACAUUAGAAGAAAGUAGAUUGGGAGCUGGAGUUCCACUUAGUCAAAUAAAUCAAAUUGAUCAUUGUCAAAAAUCAGUUGAUCCUACAUUAUUCAAUCACGCCAGUACAUCUCUAAAAUCUCAAAGCUUUUCAUAUGAUGAUUAUCAUCCCUUUUAUACACAUUCUUAUGAACCUGGCGUGGCAAAUGAAAUAGAAAAGACAGAAACAGAAAUAAGCUUCAUUAUUAACAGAAAUAGAAUUGUGUCUAGUUCUGCUAUAGCACGUGCUGUAACUGAUGCUACUAACGGUGAAUAUGUCAGUGCUAUCGAAACUUUGAAUACAGCAAUAGCAUUGAUCGAAGAUUCUAAGAUUGCUAAUGACGAGCGCAGUAAAAUAUUAGUGUGUACUUUGUACAACACAAUAUAUGGAAUUCAAACUAGGAUGGUUAAUAAAUGGAAAAGAAUCUGUAGAUCACCUUUGAAUAGAUUAUACAAGAAGCCAAAACGUGAACACAGUUAAUCUCAUUAAUAGAUAUGGUUACAGAUAUAGAAACUAUACAAGAGUAUUAUGGUAAAACAGAAGAUUGAAAAUAUUAUUAUACUAUAGAAGAACAACUUUAAAUUUGUGUAUACAAUAAUUUAUCAUAUUGUAUUGUUUCAACGGAUUUUAUUUCCUUUCGUGGCUUUUAUCAAGGUUCCUAGAAAAUAAAAAUUAUUGUUAUAGCCUACAGCAGUGGCGUAAAUGCGUAAUUACCGUGGAUGGGAGAAUUGAGUGUCAGAUCCCCCAUGAUAUUUUCUUUAAAGACUGGCCUACC